AUGAGUUCGAAUGGCGGUGGAUCUGUCUCUACUGAAGACGUUGUCUCUCCUUUUCUUAAACAAUUGGCUUCCCAGCCCUCUACAGACGGUUUAGUCAACUGCCUCAAAAGCAUUUAUCAAAUAUCUAGGCUCGAACAUGGACGAGAGCGGGAUAUUCACAGCUUACGAAUCUCUUCUGUUAUAAUCGGUCAUACGAUCCCAGAGACGUACAAAUUACUUAGUGAAGAAGCUAAGAGACUGGUAUGUGAUGUACUUGGAGAUCGUGUUUCGUUAUCUCAACUUGUGACUAAGGUGAAUCUAGAAUCUGAGGAGAGUGGAGAUCAGAUCUAUGCCAAAGUGCUAACUGAUGUUGUUGAGUUGCGUACUUUUGGUCAGAUAUUCGACGGAUUGAAUUUAGAAAGUGAGCAGUACUUCAGAAAUGUCAAAGUAUUGGUUCUCAAUAAAGUUAUUGAGGCUCUAACUAAGACUCACAUGAGGAGCCGUACAGAUUGGCUUGAAAACGUCCUUAAGAAAUACUAUCAGAUUGUGUUCGACGAACUCUUGCACAGGCAGCUCAAGGGAAAUCGGACGGUGAAGCUUUUGGAUGGGUUGUUCUCUCAGGAUGAGGAUCUUGUGAGGUAUUAUUUUGUGGAUGACGAUAUUCACUUGAAACUAAAUCAAGUGUACUCGACCGGAACUACAGAUUGGUAUUUUGUGAAACUAUUGGUAAAGUAUCUGGUGAAAACGCUUGGCUCUGAAGAGGAUGUUUCUGCCUACUUUUCUGUUUUACAGGAUUUUAAGUUCGAUAGUGGUAACCGGCUUGUCGACGUGGCAUCACAAGUUAACGAGUAUCGGGUGAUCAAGAUUCUUCUUGGUCUUGCUGCUUCACUGGAUGUCUUUUUUUACGAACAUCUCAAACAAGGAGUAACUAAAUUUGGUUCCAAGUCCUAUAUUGAUAGUGUUUCUAACACUGCUCAAUCUGCAUUCACGAAAUAUCUUAUAACUUUGGUUGCAUAUUGCACAAAGGAGCAAAUGGAUGAUCUUUCAGGCAAUCCGUUUUUUUUGGAUGCCGUGACGAAUCGUUUGGAUUCAACCUUGCCCAAUCUUCGUACACUAGGAAUGAUCUUUGCUGAUACUGUGUACGAGAAAACCAAUGGAGAAUCCUUGUUUAAGAUGGAAGAGUAUCAAAAUGGACGAAAAGAGUUUAUAGAAUCCAUGGGAGAAUUCCCGAUGAGUCUAAAAAGGGAAUCGCUGAAAGAUGCAGUAAAGACUAUAAGAAGAUCGCAUAGCAAACCAGUUGUUGCAGACAUUAUUCAGGUAAAUGAUGUACCUUCUUCCACAGUUCAAGCCUCUUCUGAAAUGGCCGACUCGGAUGUGGAAGAUUCCGAUGGUUCCAAUGGAGCUGAAAGAGUAAAGAAGGUUUCAAUUCCAGUAUACCUAAAGGAAUUGCUAGCAUAUCUUUCUGCAGACAAAGAAAAGGACGAUUUAGCGUAUGAAAAAAGGAAGAUAGCCUUUGCAAUUGCAUCGCAGAUGAUUCGAGCCAAGAAAGGAUCUCCUGAAUUAGAAUACUAUGCCAAUUCUUUGCUUGAAGAAGUCCUUUCGGCGUCCAAUUUGUAUAAUUUUGAGGAUUUCAACUCGUGGAAAUUGUCAACCAUGAUCGCCAUCACUGUCUGUGAGUUUGAAUCUUGCUGGAAGUGGUUGCUCCGCAUCUUUGUUCAGGGAGAUAUCUCCAUUAGUACCAGAGUUAUGAUUCUCACCUGUCUCAGUAUUAGUUCUCGAGAGAAAAGUGGUGGCUAUGAGGAUGAUUUUGUACUUGGUAAGGUGGAUGUUAAUCAAUUCAAGCCAAAGCAAUUGCCUGAAAGUAUUCAUAGGCAGUUUAUGCGAUUUGAGAAUGACACCUCUCCGUUCCUUGAUGAUCAGCAUUCCAAUCUCAAGGCUCUCGAUUCGCCUAUGGAAAACCUUUCUCUGGGAGGGAAAGUUGUUCGAAUGUCAUCUACUCUUGCCAAGCAAAGAUCAGGAAACGGGAAAGCAAUCGGGGCUGCUGUUAAGGACACGUCUUUCAUCAAUAAACAGCUACCCAGGUUAUUCUAUGCCCUUAUAGGAGUUUGGGAGACUGUUAAUAAUGUUACUGGAUCUGGCUUUAAGCUUGGGGGAUUUUCUACGCUCUUGAAUUCCGAGUACUUCAAGAAUCUGGACAUGAUCUAUGAAUGUGCCAUUCCUUCCAGUAUCGAGUUAACUGGAAUGACCAAGGAUUUGUUUAUUACGGUGGUAAAUGAAUUAAGGUUACUUUCUUCUGAGCCAAAGCUUGACUCGGUUGUUUUUGAAGCUGUUCUUAGAUGUUUGAAAGCAGUUGUGGAUAUUGAUUCGGAUACACUUCCAAAGAGAGAGCUUUUUUCUACUGAACUCUUGGCAGCCUAUAAUAUAUUGGAGGAAAUAAUGGAGAGUGGUAUGAUUGUGGAAGAAAGAUUGACUGUAAAUUGUGGGUACGUUAUGAAUAAGUUGAUGGAUGGUCAAUAA